ACUCCUCUGCAAUACAGGAAUCUUUUCCCCAACGCAGAACUUGAACCCACAACCCUGAGGUGAAGAGUCUCGUGCUCUCUACCGACUUGAGCUAUCGGGCUGCAAGGAUGAAAUAUUGAGCUUCAAAAUCCAUAAGAAGAAAAAGUUAACGGGAAUAUUUUGUGCGGAGGAAGAUUCAAGCAAGCCGCAACCUGCAACCUGUGAAGUGGUGCUGCCUGGAAACAAACUUCACCUGUGGCGUUUGAGAGGUAGAAGUGGGCUCAACCUUAGGAAUCAUUUCCACGAUUACCCACACAUAGCAAAAAGUAUCCAGGGCUCUCUGGAUGAGAUGCUGCUACAAGCUGUGGUACCAAGAAUAGCGGCGAAGAAAAUAGAAACCCAUUAAGAUGAAUAUCAAUUUUAGAGCACAACCUGAGCCUCAGCUGAUCCCCCUGGGAACCUCGCGGCAAGCGGCAAAUGAGGGCUCUUCUGGGAAAACAAGUUACUUUGUUUGCAGACACUCUCCACAUCCAAAGACAGUGUGCCACAUUAGAGGACUAAAUGAUGCACCUGUCUGUGUUGUGAAAGACCGAGGAUACAAUGAAGGACGCUUCGUUGACUCAAGCACAGAACAUGCUCAACUUCUCAGAAACAAUGUAAUGCCCACUGACAGUUCUUUUCCCAACAAUACCCUGCCAAGCCUGGUACAAACCCCACUUAGAGCGAAUGUUGGACAGCUUAUGAGAGACGAAAUUGCAGAGCUCAAGCAAAGAACAGGAAACACCCCACUUUUAAAGAGAAGGGACGAUCCCUUGAGGAAAUACCUUGCAGAAAAUCCACAAAAUAGGAUUCCUCUAGAGCACCCUCUUUUACCUGCCCCGGGUACGCACUACAGGCCAGACAUCAUUGAGAAUAUGAAUUAUACCCCUACUUACCUGGAACAGGAAAUAAAAAUCCUGGAAAGGCUUCGUGAUAUUUUACAGACAGACUCGCUUGCAGAGAUCCAAACCUGGUUAUCAAAGGCAACUCUAAAAGAGAAGGAGUUUGUGUCCAAUUUCAUCCGUUCCGACGUGACCAGCCGAGAUCUGCUGAAUUAUCAGAAAAGGGCACUGAAAGAAGCUGACGUAGAGGCUCUGAGUUUACGAGAUAUGCUGAAAGCUGAAAGAGCACUUCAAAAUAAACCAGCAAGUGAAGAGAGCCGGCGCAGGCUUUCAAGCAGAGGAACAGCAUCCAGUAAAGACAGGGAGAGAAGUACACACACAAGAGAGAAAAUCCGAAUCCCAACUUCUGAGGCUCUAGAGCGUUCCCCCAGCAAACUCACAGUUCUUCAAAGUCACCCCCACAGUCCUGCAUUAUCCCAAAACAGCACUCAGUUGCUGUACAACAAGGCUUACUCUAAGCGACACAACGCUGCUUCAAGAGGUGAGGCCCGAUUUCAGAGCAUCUGAAAAUCAGCACAAUGCUUUUCUUGGAAGAUAACAUGUACAGUGAAUCUCACACAAUUUUUUCCAAAGCUCUAAAGUGUCAUUUUUGUUGUUAGAAAAAGUUUAUAGCCACACCAUUUAAGAGUUUUACCUGCUAAACAGGUAUUUGUAAAGUUAUACACAUACACACAAAAUACUGAAUGUUAGAACACUGGUAAACAAAAUGCUAAAUAAACAUUUUGUUUUUAA